GGAGGGAGCCCGGGGCGCUGCAUCCUGGCGCGGGCCUCCGCCGCCGCUGCAGCCACUGCCGUCGGGAAAGGUCCCGGCGCGGACAUGACCUCGCGCGCCGCUCUCCUGGGCGGGAGCUCCCGGCGCCCAGCGCAGUAGCCCCGCGAAGAGGCGGCGGACUGGACGGUGCAGACCGCGCAGGAAACCAGGCGGGCGGCAUGGAGGCGGCGCACCUGCUCUCAGCAGCCGACGUGCUGCGCCGCUUCUCGGUGACGGUCGAGGGCGGCCUGAGGCCAGAGCAGGUGACUAGCGCGCGAGAGCGCUACGGCCCCAACGAGCUCCCAACUGAGGAAGGGAAGUCCCUGUGGGAGCUGGUGCUGGAGCAGUUUGAAGACCUCCUGGUGCGCAUCCUGCUGUUGGCUGCCCUGGUCUCCUUCGUCCUGGCCUGUUUUGAGGAGGGCGAGGAGACCACAACAGCCUUCGUGGAGCCUCUGGUCAUCAUGCUGAUCCUCGUGGCCAAUGCCAUCGUGGGCGUAUGGCAGGAACGCAAUGCUGAGAGUGCCAUUGAGGCCCUGAAAGAGUAUGAGCCUGAGAUGGGUAAGGUGAUCCGCUCGGACCGCAAGGGCGUGCAGAGGAUCCGCGCCCGGGACAUCGUCCCUGGAGACAUCGUGGAAGUAGCAGUGGGAGACAAAGUGCCCGCUGACCUCCGCCUCCUCGAGAUCAAGUCCACCACUCUGAGAGUGGACCAGUCCAUCCUGACAGGUGAAUCCGUGUCUGUGACCAAACACACAGAUGCUAUCCUGGAUCCCAGAGCUGUGAACCAGGACAAGAAGAACAUGCUAUUCUCUGGUACCAACAUCGCAUCGGGCAAGGCACUGGGGGUGGCAGUGGCCACAGGCCUGCACACAGAGCUGGGUAAGAUCCGGAGUCAGAUGGCGGCAGUGGAGCCAGAGCGGACACCGCUGCAGCACAAGCUGGAUGAGUUCGGGCGGCAGCUGUCCCGUGCCAUCUCUGUGAUCUGUGUGGCCGUGUGGGUCAUCAACAUCAGCCACUUCGCUGACCCAGCCCAUGGUGGCUCCUGGCUUCGUGGUGCCGUCUACUACUUCAAGAUUGCCGUGGCUCUGGCUGUGGCUGCCAUCCCUGAGGGCCUCCCAGCUGUUAUCACUACAUGCCUGGCUCUGGGCACACGGCGCAUGGCACGCAAGAAUGCCAUUGUGCGGAGUCUGCCCUCUGUGGAGACGCUGGGCUGCACCUCGGUCAUCUGCUCCGACAAGACAGGCACACUCACCACCAAUCAGAUGUCUGUCUGCCGGAUGUUCGUGGUAGCCGAAGCUGAAGCAAGCUCCUGCCGUUUGCACGAGUUCACCAUCUCCGGCACCACUUACGCCCCGGAGGGCGAAGUGAGGCAGGCGGAGCAGCUCGUGCGCUGUGGGCAGUUCGAUGGGCUGGUGGAGCUGGCGACAAUCUGUGCCCUGUGCAACGACUCAGCGCUGGACUACAAUGAGGCUAAGGGCGUAUAUGAGAAGGUGGGAGAGGCCACGGAGACAGCCCUGACUUGCCUGGUGGAGAAAAUGAACGUGUUUGACACCAACCUCCAGGCCCUGUCCCGAGUGGAACGAGCCAGUGCCUGCAAUGCGGUCAUCAAGCAGCUGAUGCGGAAGGAGUUUACUUUGGAGUUCUCCCGGGACCGGAAGUCCAUGUCAGUGUACUGCACGCCCACUCGCCCUGGCCUGGCAGCCCAGGGCAGCAAGAUGUUUGUGAAGGGGGCUCCUGAGAGUGUGAUCGAGCGCUGCAGCUCAGUCCGAGUGGGAAGCUGCACAGUACCCCUGAACGCCACCUCCAGGGAGCAGAUCCUCGCCAAGAUCCGGGAUUGGGGCUCCGGCUCAGACACGCUGCGUUGCCUGGCACUGGCCACUCGGGAUGCACCCCCAAGGAAGGAGGACAUGCAGCUGGAUGACUGCAGCAAAUUUGCGCAGUACGAGAUGGACCUGACUUUUGUGGGCUGCGUGGGCAUGCUGGACCCUCCAAGGCCCGAGGUGGCUGCUUGCAUCGCACGCUGCCACCAGGCCGGCAUCCGUGUGGUCAUGAUCACAGGGGACAACAAAGGCACAGCUGUGGCCAUCUGCCGCCGGCUUGGCAUCUUCAAGGACACAGAGGAUGUGGUGGGCAAGGCCUACACGGGUCGCGAAUUCGAUGACCUCAGCCCUGAGCAGCAACGCCAGGCCUGCCGCACAGCGUGCUGCUUUGCCCGUGUGGAACCUGCACACAAGUCCCGAAUUGUAGAGAACCUACAGUCCUUCAAUGAGAUCACCGCCAUGACUGGAGACGGGGUGAAUGAUGCCCCGGCUCUGAAGAAAGCAGAGAUUGGCAUUGCCAUGGGCUCCGGCACAGCUGUGGCCAAGUCGGCAGCCGAGAUGGUGCUGUCAGAUGACAACUUUGCCUCAAUUGUGGCUGCAGUGGAGGAGGGCCGGGCCAUCUACAACAACAUGAAGCAAUUCAUCCGCUACCUCAUCUCCUCCAAUGUCGGCGAGGUUGUCUGCAUCUUCCUCACGGCAAUUCUGGGUCUGCCGGAAGCCCUGAUCCCUGUGCAGCUGCUCUGGGUGAACCUGGUGACGGAUGGCUUACCUGCCACAGCCCUGGGUUUCAACCCACCAGACCUGGACAUCAUGGAGAAGCUGCCCCGGAACCCUCGUGAGGCCCUCAUCAGUGGCUGGCUCUUUUUUCGAUAUCUGGCUAUUGGAGUGUACGUAGGCCUGGCCACGGUGGCUGCCGCCACCUGGUGGUUCCUAUAUGAUGCCGAGGGACCUCACGUCACCUUCUACCAGCUGAGGAACUUCCUGAAGUGCUCCGAGGACAACCCACUCUUUGCUGACAUUGACUGCGAGGUCUUUGAGUCACGCUUCCCCACAACCAUGGCCUUGUCUGUGCUGGUGACCAUUGAAAUGUGCAAUGCCCUCAACAGCGUCUCGGAGAACCAGUCGCUGCUGCGGAUGCCACCCUGGCUGAACCCUUGGCUGCUGGCAGCUGUGGCCAUGUCCAUGGCCCUGCACUUCCUCAUCCUGCUGGUGCCACCCCUGCCCCUUAUUUUCCAGGUGACCCCACUGAGUGGGCGCCAGUGGGUAGUGGUGCUCCAGAUAUCUCUGCCUGUCAUCCUGCUUGAUGAGGCCCUCAAGUACCUGUCCCGGAACCACGUGGAUGAAGAAAAGGACAAGAAGUGAGUGCUGGGAACAGAGUGGAGUCUCCAGUGCGUACCUCAGCCUGAUGAUGCCCAAGCGUUCACUCCUACUCCCCACACUGCCAUCACGCUCACCGCUUGCUCACUGGGCCCUGCCGAGGGUCUCUGUCCUCGCUUCCAUAUGCAUGGGGGCUGUGCAACUCAUGCCUCUGGGACUCUCCUGGGAAGUUCACCCCUGACGUUCCGGCUCCAGGGCAGCAGCCUAGGAGGGGCCUGCCCAGAAGCCAGAGCUGGAAGCAGAUCCAGACAUGCAGAGGCCUCUACCCCCAGAUCUAUGAGCACAUUCUGGAGCAGGCACCCCCUUGCUUGGAGGCUGGGCAUUUUACUUGGUCACUGGUGCUUCUGUACUGAUGGAGGACUCCUGGAGUUCCUGCUAGCUCUGACCUCUCACUUAGUGCCUGGUCUGGGGCCUGGUCAGAGGGACGGGGGGCGGUGAAGGGGAGGACAUCUGGGCCCAGCUGUGCACAGUGAGGGCAGACAACCCCCCUCCACUCUGCUCUUUUCCCACAAAGUUGGCACGUGAGGGUUUGAGCUUCUUACUGUUUAUAUGUGCAGGGGGUUGAAGGGUCAGUGGGAGGGAGAUGGUGGUAGUGGGGCGGGGGGGGGGGGGUGCUGGGUAAGGAUCCCCUUCCCAGGAGACAGCUGGCUUGGCUGCCUCAGUUCUGGAUACUCCCAGACUGAGAUUUCCCUGUCCUAAGCAAAUGAGACAUGGCAAGUCUCGUUGCUGUCCAGUCUGCCAAGCAGAGGCUGGAUUUGCCCUCCAUGUCCCUGGUGCCUAAGACCCCAGACAUCCUUGGGUACCUGAUCACUGUGCCCUCUCAGCUCAACCCUGUGUGCACCAUCCCACAGUCUGCAUGGCUGGGUGAUUCUGAGUCCUCUAGACUCUCAGCCUCACUCUUCACCUCCAACCCCACAUAUCCAUGAGCUGAAAGGAUGUCACUAAGAAUGGCUAGUUACCCAACAGCACUUACUCUCCCUCCGUCAUUGCUGGAAGAAUGUGUGUCCAUUGUGGAUCAUGUUGGAUGAUGGGAAAAGAGCGUUUGAUGGACAUAAAUGUUCUUUUAAUUCGGCUCUUGCCCCUCUGGCAAAAAUUAGGCAUGGAAGAGAACAGUGGGUCAAUGUACAUCCUCACCCCUCCUGGAGAGUAUACCAAGUGAUUCUUUUAUGUGUAAAUCAAGACUCACAUCCCUGUCCUGGUCCCCAGAAUCAAAAAGCGCCCUUAGCCUGCCUUGCAGACAAAUGGGCUCCAGGCUCUGCGGCCUCUUACCACACCUUUCUUCCCUCCCCUCUCUCAGUCAGGCGGGGCUCCCCUGGGCACUAGCCCACAGAGAUUCUCUGCUUCCGUCCUGCUGAAGGGAAGGGAGAUCUUGAGGUGGGGGACGGUGGGAGGGCCCUGAACCCACCUGUUGACGUGACGCUGGCGGAGAAAUAAAGGUUGAGUGCGGGGGGCAAUGGAGGAUCAUCA